AUGGCGGGGCUCUCAGGUUCCCUCAGGCCUCACAGAAAAUUGGGGAAGAAAAUUUUGGAACCAGAGCUGGGCAUAAAAAACGGGCAUUACUUUAUUGCUACAUCGCUUGCGUGUUGGGGGGAGGGGAUUGUCUCUCUUCCUAUCACCGACAUCGAGCUGUUAAUGCCCUCCACACACGUGCCCCAGCUGUUUUCACCCUCCCCUGGCCGCAGGGCUGAGGUGAUGCCCAGGGCUGAGGUGAGGUCCGGCCUGGAUGUGCCUGCUGACCUUUGCCAGCAAACCCGACUGACCAGCGCACUCAGGGGAGCUCCUGGUUACUACUGGUGUGCAGAACUGCCAAUUAAAGAUCUCCUGAUUGUUAUUUCUGACAGUUCACAUGGAUUUUCAGAUCAAGAUUCUCUCCAGAGAACUGGUCAGCACUACAGUGGUCGUGUGGAGCCAAAGUCUGAUGUCAGUCAAGAGGCAGUUGCACAGGUUGUCAGCUACAACUUGAGCAGGGGAGGACAGUGGCAAGGAGCAGCCUGGAGCCACCCUGGGCCCCCCCACAGCCACGACAGCCCCCUGAACGUCACCAUCAACGGCACCCCCUGCAUCCUGUUCUGGGCCAGGAGGAUCCUGAUCAGGUUUGGGAACCACAGCCAGCUGGAUCUGACAGACAGGACCUUUGGAGUCCACGCCACCGUGGAUGUUGGGGACUCAAACUGCAGCGAGGACAGCGCCAUGCUUUCCCUGAACUUUGGUGACAUUGGCAAUCUAAAGGGACUUGUUAUCAGGCUCUUGCUCACCACCAGCUACUACCAGCUGUCCGUGCAGAGCUGGUUCAGCCUGCCCAGGCUGCAGCUGCUGUACAACCACUCGGUGCAGGCGACGUUCAACGCCUCGGGGAUCCGCGCGCCCGCCACCCACUCCUUCCGCUGCCAGCGCGUCAGCAGCCUGCAGAGACACGAGGCUCUGCUGGUGCCCAGCUCUGAGAACGACCUCUCCCACCUCUGGGAGGUCACCUUCAUCGACUUCCAGAUUCAAGGUUUUAACAUCCAGGAAGGACACUUUGCCUAUGCCAGGGACUGUGCAGCCUUCUUCUCCCCAGCAAUCCUGAUGGGAAUGGUGAUGUCCCUGGUUCUGCUGCUGGUCCUGGCCUAUGCUCUGCACAUGCUCAUCCACCUGAAAUCCCUGGACAGGCACUACGAGUGCAAAGCUCCUCCUGCCUAUUUUGCACAGAUGAAGGACAGUGACAUGGGAGAUGAGAAGGAGCCCCUGAGAAGCAGUGGAAAUGAGUCCUAUGAACUCAGGAACCAGCAGUUUGGUAAAAUCUAUAUUUAGCAGCGUGUCCGUGUCUCAGUGAAACAAGAGGUGUUUUCUUCUGCUGGCACUGUUUAUGUACUCUCUGCAGAUUUUUUCACCAGCUGAUGAAAGGAAAAGUAGGUAACAGUUUGUUUAGCCAGCUAUUCACUGUUAAUCAUCUCGAAGAUUCCUUGGGAAUGAAGGUGAGAAAAAAAAAUCCCAUUGUGAGUUAGAGAUAUUCGUGUUGUGGGACUUUAUUCCUGAAGCAAAAAGCCAAAAUAGAGGCAUAGCUCUCCAUCCAGCUUACCAAGUCUUGAAGAGAGAAUCUGUAAUGGACACUUUGAAAUUAAAUAAAGGUUAAAAAAAACACCAAACCAAGCUCUUUGCAUAUUCUUUCAGAAGGCAAGAUUUGCCCCCAUCUUAUAUUUGCUCUGUGUCCUGACAAACCAGCAUCAGUUUCUUCCUCAGGAUGUGUUCUCCUUCUACUUCCCAAGUCACAUCCCCUCCUUUUUGUCCCCAUGAAUUCCUUUUCCUACUCUGGAAUCUUCAGGGCCCCUUAAGGUGUGUUUUUAUCCCCUG